AUGUUCGUUCGUGUCCCUACCAAGCUGAGUGGUAUUUUUCGUUUUGCUCUGAUUGGAAACGGUUUCACGAUCUGUUUGGCUCAGAUAUGUCUGACAGUAGGUACUACACCUACCUUCUUGCUGCCCUGUUUUGCCUUCUACACUAAUGGUAUCUUACUCCACCUCGGUUUGAGUCCUCACUUGCAAUUCUUUAUUCAGAUUUAUAUAUUUGCUUUGGGAGCUUGGUGUGCCGCAUUCAUAUGCCUUCUCAGAGCUGUUGCCGUUACAGUUCAUGUGUCUGAACAACUGAAGACAGGGAUUAUCGUUGGCUUCAUAUUCGUUUGCACGUUGGGUUUCUUGGUUGCGUUUUGGUUGCAUUUGGAAACGCUUAUGAUCACGAAUGAUGAAGAUCGGCUGGUUUGUUCGAUGAAGUUCAACAACAAUCCUCCACCGGAGAUAUAUAUGCCUGAAACUAUGGUGCGUCGUGCUGCUUCUACAGAAUCAGUCAAAGCAUCGGAAGACCAACGCAAACUCACAGUUAAUAUUCUGAAACUAACUUUCUUUCAAUUAUCUGGCAUCAGCUUCCCUCCUUUAGUACUUAUGGUUUGUUCUAUCAUUUCUGUGUUCUCGACAAUCGUGCCUAUGAUAGUUUUUGUCUUGUUGAGCAUCAAUCCUUUGAUAUCAUGCAUCAUAAUGCUCAGACUCGUCCCUGCUUAUAAAAAACGUUUAAGCACAAUGUGUUCCUCAGUUCUUCCCGUGAAGCUCAUCGAACGGGUAUUCAAUUCCCACCCGCAAAGAGUUUCUGUUUCAACCUGUGCUAACUCCAUUCAAUAG